AUGAAUCGCGUGCCGUGGGAUAUUUCACGGGAUACUCCAGCCAUUUUAUCUAUCCAAAAUGAAUACGGUGGACUGCACUCCCUCCAGAUUCACAUCGUUCGCCAAGAGUCCUGUCCAGAUGGUGAGAGGUGCCCAAUUUGCUUCGAGGGCGAUAGCGACGAUCUCGUUAUGUUGCAAUGCGGUAUAUGUAAGGGGGUGGUUCAUCUGGGGUGUAUAGAGGGCUGGCUCGUCCAUCGUUUACCAGGAAACAACACCUCUUGCCCAAUACAUCGAUGUCAUGGAUCGUUCAGCGCUCUCUUACGCUCGUCGGCCGUUGAAAAUACUACUGGCGAGUCGACAGCAGAAACACCUCUCGAUACCGCAAACACACUAGUAGAAGAGAUGAACGCUCCAACAGUACCUCCGCAGCGUCGGUCGACCCAGACUACCCGGCGUUCAGACCGUCUUCGGGUCUCAUCAAGCUCAUCUAUUAUCCGUCGAUCACCUCGAUCGAGACGGGUUCCCGACCGCUUCCUACCCUAG